UGAUAAGGCAUAGGUUAUUAAUUUUGUCGGACAGUAGUUCGCGAAGUUCGAUUGGUGUGGUCUGGAAGUCAAGUGUACAAUGAUUUUAGUUUUUUGUAUAGCUUUAGUUGUUGUUCAGUGGUGUUAUGCGGAAGCAGCAUGUGGUGUUGUGAGUAAGAAGAAAUGGGAUGGCAUGAAACCGCUUCACGUGGAAUACCUGCCGAGACCGGUAGACAUAGUUAUAAUACAGCACACCGCGACCCCUGGUUGCAGCGCCGAUAACGAGUGCGAAGAGCUAAUAAGGAAUAUCCAGGAAAAUCAUAUGGAGCAGCAAAAGUUCUGGGAUAUUGGGAUGUCGUUCGUGGUAGGCGGUAAUGCCAAAGUGUAUGAAGGCAGCGGUUGGCUUCACGUCGGUGCUCACACCUAUGGUUAUAACAGGAGAUCUAUUGGCAUAUCCUUCCUUGGGAACUAUAAUAAUGAUGAACCGACGCCUGAACAGCUGGAAGCAGUGAAAAAUCUUAUUAAAUGCGGCGUAGAACAGGGUCACCUAUCACCAGAUUAUCAUCUGCUGGGUCACAAGCAACUGAUCAGCACGGAAAGCCCUGGAAGGAAGCUUUACAGAGAAAUAAGAACUUGGCCUCACUUCUUGGAAGAUGCUUCUGCUAUCAUGAAUAAAAGUUAAUUGUGAAAUACUU